AUGUUUUGGAUGAACAAAGAUGUAUUUAUAAGAUUGUGUGAUGAUUUGGAGAAUAUUUAUAAGGUAAAGGGCUCACAGAGAAUAAGUAUAGCUGAGAAGUUAGGAAUGUUUUUGUACACUGUAGAAGAAGGUGCAGGAAACAGAAAUGUACAAGAGCGAUUUCAACACUCUGGCGAGACUGUUAGUAGGUACUUUAGUGAAAUGCUAAAUGUGGUAUGUGAUAUGGCAAAAGAAUUCAUAAAACCAUCUGAUCCUGAGUUCAAAAGCACUCCACCAGAAAUACUGGGAGAUUCUAGAUAUAUGCCUCAUUUUAAGUUUACAUUCGCAUGUGCAGGUUGGGAAGGCACAGCCCACGAUACAAGAAUAUUCCAAUCAGCAAUUCAUAAUCCAACUUUGAAAUUUCCUAAACCUACAAAUGGAAAAUACUAUUUGGUGGAUGCAGGAUACCCACAAAUAAAGAGUAUUUGUUACCAUAUAAGUGUCAAAGGUCAGGAGUUUUUUGGAUGUGUGUGUUUGGUGAGGUGGGGUGCUCAACCAACAGGUUAUAAAGAAGUAUUCAAUCACGCACACUCUUCCCUCAGAAGCGUUAUUGAACGCACUUUUGGUGUGUGGAAAAAAAGAUGGAAUAUUUUACUGGACAUGCCAAGUUAUUCAUUCGAUAAGCAAGUUAAAAUUGUUAUAGCAGCUAUGGCACUUCACAACUAUAUAAGAAGGUAUUCCGGACGUGAUUGUGUUUUUGACGAAAGUGAAAACCUUGACAUUGAAGGGAUUGGGAGAGAGGAUGAUGCACAAAAUGGUCACGGUCAUGUUUCCAGAGAAAUGGAGGCAUUGAGAAACAAUAUUGCUUCAAGUUUAAUGGGUGCACCUAUUUAG